GGGGGUCAAUACGCCCAUUUCCGGGUCGAAUUCGCAUCCGUGAUGCCCUCACACCAUCCUGGCUCGCUCUCAGUCGCUGUAACAUCCAUCAAACUACCUCGCUGCAUCAUCUCCUCUUGCUCGUAUCGGGCAUAGUUGGUACUCUUUUGCUUGUAAUCGAUUCUUUGACCGCCAUCAUCAAUCUUGCGGAACUUUCCGCUUCGAUCUCGUAUCCAAGCAGAGCGUUGAUCAGACAGGAUGUCGACACCUCAUCUCUACGCUUCAGAGACCCGGCAACGAAGGACCUCAGCCGCUGCCACUCACGACAGGAUGGCCGACGUUUCACCCUCGGCCGUCGAGGACCAGUCUUCAUCCAGGAGCCCUAGUAUCGGUGACACCAACUUGGAUUCAGAUGACGCCGAACUAGCCCGUCUUGGGUACAAAUCCGAAAUGUUGCGAGAGUUCGGCAACUUGUCGACUUUCUCCUUCGCCUUUUCGAUCAUGGGGAUGUGCUCUUCCAUCGCUACUACCUUCAAUACUCCUCUUUUGUCUGGCGGGCCCGCCUCGGUCGUCUGGUGCUGGCUGAUAGGGGCUAUCUUGAACAUCUCGCUCGGAGCUUCGAUUGCUGAGAUUGUAUCCGCUUACCCUACCAACGGAGGGUUGUACACUGCUUCUGCCAGCUUAGUCCCGGCUAGGUGGCGCGCAAUCACCGGGUGGAUCGUCGGUUGGCUCAACCUCCUGGGUCAAUGUGCAGGAGUCGCUUCGACAGAGUAUGGUCUUGCCAGGAUGAUCUGGGCUGGAUGCAAUGUUGGCUAUGACGGUGACUUCGAAGUGUCCACCGGAAUGCAAUUCGGUCUCUUUGUCGGCCUGCUCAUCGUGCAUGGUUUCCUCAACUCGCUCAAGACCAGGGACCUAGCCUUCUUGACUUCAGGCUUCGUUUUUGUCAACGUCGGAGCCACCUUGAUCAUCAUCAUCGUACUCUUGGCUACGACUGGGCGGGCUAACAUGCACCCCGCCAGCUACGUAUUCGGGAAUGUUGUUAACCAAUCUGGUUGGGAAAGUGAUGGCUUGGCCUUUAUGCUUGGUUUCCUUUCCGUUCAGUGGACUAUGACUGAUUAUGAUGCCGCGGCACACAUCAGCGAGGAAGUCAAGAAGGCGUCUAUCGCCGCUCCUGUGGCGAUCUUCGUGGCUGUCAUCGGCACUGGGAUGCUCGGUUGGGUUCUCAACGUGGUUAUGGUUCUCUGUUCUGGAGACCUGGCCGACCUUCCCGGUCCUAGCGGUUCUGCUUUCCUGCAGAUCAUGGCCAACAGGAUGGGCAAAACCGGCGCCUUGGUCAUCUGGCCUUUUGUCUGCUUGGUCGCCUUCUUUACCGUCCAGACCGCUCUGCAGGCCAACGCUCGAACGUUCUACGCGUUCAGCCGAGAUGGUGGUCUUCCCGACCGUGGUCUCUUUGGGCGGGUCAACAGGUACACCAAAACUCCCAUCUGGUCUGUCUGGCUUGUGGUCGGCAUCGCCAUCCUCAUGGGCUGUCUCGACUGGGCGAGCACUAUCGCCUCUCAAGCCAUCUUCAGUAUGUGUGCGUUGGCCUUGGACUUGUCUUAUACUAUCCCGGUCAUCGGUCGUCGGUUGUUCGAACACCGUCCCGAUGUCAACUUCAAGCCCGGUCCUUUCUACAUGGGCAAAUGGGGACUGCCUGUUAACAUUGUCAUGGUGCUGUGGACCGCUUUCGAGGUCAUCAUUCUCGCCUUCCCUGCGGUCAAGCCGAUUACUGCCUUGACGAUGAACUACUCGAGUGUGAUCACCGUGGGAGUCAUGGUUCUCUCUGGUCUGUGGUACAUCGCCGGCGCUCACAAGCAUUACCACGGGCCUCAAUCCAAUGUGGACGAGCAUGUCGCGCCCGUCGAGGUGUCGCCUUACGAAGACCAGAAAGUCGUCUCGGACGACCGGGAAGGCAAGGACUACCAACGCACCGACCUAUAACACGAGCUCUCUGUCUCCCGACGCCUUCAACAUUAGACGUCUUCUCGUUUUUACUGAUUUCCUUUUCUCAUUGUGUGCGCCUGUCACCUCGUCUCAACACUGGUCGGUUUCAAGUAGGAUUCUCUAGAUAAUUAGGAUAGAACCCCAAAAAUACCCAACCCGUUCCUUGACCCUGACACGGUAGUAACUGUUGUAACGGACUUGUGUCAAGAAGGAUCACUGGAAUAUACCAAUAUAAAGUUAUGAAUGGCUAUUUGGCUCGG